AUGGCUGGUGUAACUACGAGAUCCAGAAGUAGAAAUGGCACUAUGUAUGGCAACGAUGUCAUUACAAAUGGCGACACGAAUCAUAGCCAUGAUGUCACAUCUAACGAUUUCAACAGCUAUAAAGAAAGUCAUGAAACAAUUAGAAAGACCGAAAGUGGCAAAACAUUUCGUCAUUGUUUAAACAAAGUGUUUCUGCCCUUGUGUCUCAUUUCAAUGACACCACAUAUCGUGAUUUUAUAUUGGUACACGAAUGCACACUGCAACGGAAGUUACACAGAAAUGAUUGCAAAGCUACGGAAUGGAUCAGUAUUUCAUAACCUGUACGGAAUCUGGAGCAAUAUCAGUAUUAUCAACAGUUUUACUGUUAGUGUCGUUUUUGGAUAUUUCGUUUGGGCUGUCUUCUGGAUGCGUGUCCUCCCUGGAAAGAAAGUUACAGGACCUGUGACACCAAAUGGAAACACCCCUGUAUACACAGAUAACGGAUUUCUUCAUUACAUUGUCACUAUGGUUGGAUUUGCUUUGCUUACUAUUGGACUUAAAAUGUAUGGAAUGACCCCAACAGUUGUAUACGACCGAUUCGGAGAGCUUCUAGCAUUCAUGAAUAUCUUUGCACUGAUAUUUGUUCUUGUUCUGUACUUCAAGGGUGUCUUAGCGCCAUCCUCCACAGACAGUGGCAAAACAGACGGAGGCUUCAUCUUUGAUUAUUACUGGGGAACAGAACUUUACCCGCGGAUUUUCGGAGUCGACGUGAAAGUGUUUACAAACUGUCGUUUCGGAAUGACAAUAUGGCCGCUGUUAGUUUGUAUAUACGCACUAAAAAGCUACGAGUUGUAUGGCUUUGUAGACAGCAUGUUUGUAACAACCGUCCUUCAAAUUACCUAUAUUACAAAGUUUUUCAUGUGGGAGGCGGGUUACAUGCAAACGAUUGACAUUAUUUUUGACAGAGCCGGGUUCUAUAUAUGUUGGGGUUGCCUCUGCUGGCUCCCUGCAUUAUAUCCAAUUGUUAGUCAGUAUUUAGUUAGUCACCCAGUGAGACUGGGUCCAGUCUGGGCUUCCGUGGUUCUAGGUCUUGGACUGGCAUCUGUUCUAGUCAAUUAUCUUGCCGAUUUACAGCGCCAAGUCGUCCGAAGUGCCAAUGGAAAUUGUCUGGUAUGGGGGAAGAGGCCAGACAUCAUUCGAGCUAAAUAUACAAUCAAAAGUGGCGAAGAGCGGGAAAGCAUUUUGUUAGCCUCAGGUUGGUGGGGAUUAUCUAGGCAUUUCCAUUACAUCCCUGAAAUCAUGUUAUCAUUUUUCUGGACUUUACCAACAGGAUUUGUUCACGUGUUACCAUACACAUACGUGAUCGUUUUAGUGGUCCUUCUUACGCACCGUAGUUUCAGGGAUGAAAACAAGUGCUCUAGAAAAUACGGUAAAUAUUGGCAGGAAUAUUGCGCGAAAGUGAAGCACAGAAUUAUACCAUUUUUGUUUUGAAAAUGAUUACUUUUUAAAGUUAUAAAAAAUCAAUGUUCUCGAUGUAGU